AUGUACGGUGUUGUAUCACUCUCGGCCGCCACCUCGACAGAUCACCUCGACGCGCUCGCGGAGGUGCGCGACUUCGCACAGACUGACAUGGGCCGCGGCCCACCACAUCGCUAUACAUACCGGGUGCUCUCAGAGCCGAUGCUCACAAACGAACUCCACCGCCUCUCCCAUCCCUUCGUGAAAGGGAAAGUUGCCGGCGUGUCGUUACAACCGUGCCCGCUGCACGAAUUUCAGAACCAGGACCGCUUCUAUACCGAGUCUUGGCCGACGCCGAGCGGCCCGUGGACAUUCAACGCCGUUCUAGAUGGCCAUGUCGGACAUUCGACGGUAGAUUACGCGGUGCAUCAUCUACCCGUCAUAGUACGACGCACCUUAGAAUCCUAUUUGCGCGCUCGCCGAGGAUCCUUCUCCUCAACCGACAUCUCGCGGAUCCUAGCAGACGCUAUCGUGCAAUGUGACAACGCCAUUACCAACAACUUUGUGGCGUUGUUUCCAGGAGGAGCGCCGGCCAUGCGUAGCAUGAGCAACGAGCAGAUCCAGAGUGUAUUGCGCGUCCCGGCCAACCAUGUCGCGUCCAUACGCUGCCUGCACGGUAGCACCGCACUGCUCUCUUUGUCUGAUCCGAGCAGUGAGCAUGUGUGGAUCGCCAACCUAGGGGAUUGCCAAGCAGUGCUUGCGUCAAAACAUCAGAGCGGCCGCUGGUCGGCAACCUACGUCAGUGACCUGCACGACGGUGAUAAUCUCGCCGAGAUCCAGAGGAUCCAGCGCGAGCAUCCGGGAGAGCGGGAGGCUUGCAAGGAUAACCGCGUCAUAGGUUUCCUAGGACCCACCCGCUCGCUUGGGGAUACGUGGCUAAAGCUAGAUCGCGUAUACUCACAGCGAGCGCUGCUCUCCUUUCGAUCGGAAUGGAAUGUGGACAAGCCGGAGACGUUCAUAUCGCGCCUACACAGCCCGCCGUACGUCUCGAGCACGCCAGACGUGCGACAUAUCCGGCUGCCGCGCCCUGCCUCCGGGAGCCAGGCCCGGCAUGCACUGCUUUUGUGUUCAGAUGGCCUUCCUGAUCUGUACAACGCACGGUUCGACACUCGAGGGGAGAUGGUCGCUCAUUGGGUGCAGGCAAUCGGUGACGCCCUAGACGCGCGGAGCAACAAUGCAGCCCUCGUGCUCUUGCGCGAUGCCCUCGGUGGCGAGGAUCUGCGAUCAGUGGCAUCCUAUCUGACGGUUGAGAUGGACGAGCGAUGGAUGGACGAUGUGACGAUCUUGGUUCAGAGAUUAUGA